AUGGCGGCGGCGCUGCGUGCGCUGGCGGUGCUGCUGUGGGUGGCGGCGGCGUACCCGGUGGUGUUCCGGGCGCGGCCCCUGCAGGCGCUGGCGGCCAACUGGGGCACCCGCGCGCUGCACCCGCUGCCGGGGGACAUCACCGUGCGCCUCCUGCGGGACAACGGCUUCGACAAGGUGAAGCUGUUCGAGCCGGACCCGAACGCGCUCCGGGCGCUGGGCCACUCGGGGAUCCAGGUCAUGCUGGGCCUCCCCAACGAGGUGCUCGCCUCCGUGGCCGCCAGCGUGAACGCCGCCGAGCAGUGGGUGAUCCAGAACGUCUCCACCUACGUCUCCAAGUACGGCGUGGACAUCCGCUACGUGGCCGUGGGCAACGAGCCCUUCCUCAAGUCGUACAAGGGCAAGUUCGAGGCCGCCACGCUGCCCGCCGUGCAGAACGUGCAGGCGGCGCUCGUCAAGGCGGGCCUCGCCAGGCAGGUGCACGUCACCGUCCCGAUCAACGCCGACGUCUACGAGUCCGGCGACGGCCGCCCGUCCUCGGGCGACUUCAGGCCCGACAUCGCGGGCCUCAUGGUCAGCCUCGUCCGCUUCCUCCUCGACAGCGGCGGCGUGCUCACCAUCAACAUCUACCCGUUCCUCUCCCUCGACGCCGACCCAAACUUCCCCGUCGACUACGCCUACUUCCCGUCCCCGGGGGCGCCGCCCUCGCAGGCCAGCGUGCAGGACGGCGGCGUGCUCUACACCAACGCCUUCGACGCCAACUACGACACCCUCAUCGCCGCGCUCGAGAAGCACGGCCUCGGCACCAUCCCCGUCGUCGUCGGGGAGAUCGGCUGGCCCACCGACGGCGACAAGAACGCCAACGUCGCCAACGCGCAGCGGUUCAACCAGGGACUCUUCGACCGCAUCGUCGCCGGCAAGGGCACCCCGCGACGCCCGCGGAUGCCCGACGUCUACGUCUUCGCGCUGCUGGACGAGGACAACAAGAGCGUCGACCCCGGAAACUUCGAGCGCCACUGGGGUGUCUUCAACUACGACGGCUCGCCCAAGUACCCGCUCAGGCUCGCCAACGGCAGGGCCAUCGUGCCGGCCAAGGGCGUCCGCUACCUCUCCAAGCAGUGGUGCGUGCUCCGCCCGGACGCCAGCGCCACCAACCCGGCCAUCGCCGGCGCCGUCGGCUACGCCUGCGAGUACUCCGACUGCACAAGCCUCGGCGCCGGAUCCUCCUGCGGGAACCUCGACGCGCGCGCCAACGUCUCCUACGCCUUCAACCAGUUCUUCCAGGCGGCCAACCAGCAGAAGGCCGCCUGCAACUUUAACAACCUCUCCGUCAUCACAACCACCGACCCGUCCCAGGGGACCUGCCGCUUCAAGAUCAUGAUCGACACCGGCCGCCACGAGCUGACUGGCAAGUCGCCGUCCGCCGCCCCCAGGGUGGCUCUGGCUUCAUCUUCAUCAUCUUGGAGCGCCGUGCUACUGCUCGCCUUGGUCGGCCUUACUACUCUGGUCGCCUGGUGA